GGCUUGAAGGUCAUAAACAACGAGCAGACAAACUAGCUAAUUAGAUUUCGGGUUGAACACUUGCCACUAUAAAGAAGCGUGGUUUUCACUUGAGAAGACAGUACUUUGAUGAAAGAUAGUCAUUGUUUAUUCAAAUAAUACUUUCAAUCCACAGACGUUAUUAUUUCGAGAAUGUCUGAAAAUAGAUCAAGCUUCCCAAAAGCCUAUUUGAAACUUUUUAAGUCAAAUGCACCAGAAAAUCUCGUCAGUGUACAUCUAAAUCAGCAGUCAGUAAUAUGUGAUCCAAAAACUGGUGCACGAAAAUCCCCAUUUGUUUCGAAGUUCGUGGACAAAAUUCCAGUGAAAACAAUGAAAGAUGUUUUUGAAUAUGGCUUAAAUACUUCAAGGUUUUAUCCAUGUCUAAGAAUACGACUCCCUUCCAAAAAUAAAUACUCAUGGCUCAUUUACAAUGAGGUAGAUAAAAAAAUAAAAGCUAUUGGGACAGCUCUUGUGAAAACUGUGAGACAAAGACGUAAUGCUGAAAACUUUGUGGGAAUCUAUGGACCAAACUCACCGGAGUGGGUUAUUAUGCAACAUGCAUGCGCUGCAUAUGGUUAUACUAUUGUGCCCAUCUAUCCUACAUUUAGUAAUGAAGCAAUACAACAUAUUUUAUCUCAAACACAAGUGAAUUGUAUGCUGUGUAAUUCAGGAACUGAAGCUCUUCAUCUGCUGGACAAGUUCGAAUCUUCUCUUGAAUAUUUAAUCAUUGUUUCAUAUGAUGUUAAAGUUGAAGAAGUUAAGUCUCAUCACGGCUCAAAAGUCUCUGUGUACUUGUUUGAGGAUUUCCUGAAGUUAUGUUCAUGACUAUAUGCGUUCAUUAUCCAAAGGUUGCCUUUAGUAUAAACAACCAACAUUGUAGUUGAAAAAUAUAGAUCUUGCCGAAACUAGGAUCAUUUUAUCAACACUCUAUCGUCAUAUAAUGUUUCAGGAACUGGGAAUGAAUAAACUUUUACCAAAGAAAGAUCCAUUGCCAUCUGACCUCUACAUGGUUUGCUAUACUAGUGGAAGCACCGGAUUACCUAAAGGAGUUAUGGUUAACCAUGAACAGAUUGUGGAUGCUGUAUUUUCCAUACUAGAAGCUUCAGAAAACAAGGUAAACCUUUACCAUUUAUGCUUCAUUGGAGUUCAAGAGCGAACAUGUAUCACAUAAAUUUUCCAACCCUUAUAUAGGUAAAAAAUAUAUCUUAACGGUGAACGUAAUUUAUUGUAACCAUACAGCAACAUAUUUCUAUUGUCUCAAUCUAAAUCGUUAUCUUUUACUCCUAUUUUUUACAUUAGAUUUAUAUCACUGACAGCUGGGACCAUUAAACUUUUAUGUAAGAGACUACCUUCGUAUUUUUUGAAGCCUUUACAACCUUAAAAAGAAACGUGACGAGCGUUUUUAUUUUUGUCUAAAAUUUUCGUACUAUUUAGGUACGAGUUAACUUAUAUGGUUUGGUAUUUAUUUAAUGGAUGACUGUUCGUUUUGUUGUUUCUCCUAGCUCAUCAAAUCCAAUUCAAGUCAUCUUUCAUAUCUCCCAUUGGCGCAUAUGAUGGAACAAAUACUCUCGGUAAGCUAUCUUAUUUACGCUUCGUUAAUUGCAGACAUUAUUAUUAUGCGUUUUUGUAUAUUAACGGUCAAGUACAUCAAUUGUAUGUCGUAAUUAUAAAUUUUUUCUUCCUACGAACUGUAUAAAAAAAAUCAACAAAUGAACUGAUGGAAAUUGAUUAUCUUGAUAAUUUUGUUCAGAACUGUAUCUUCACAACCAUCAGUAAAGCUAAACAAUCUACUAUUAAUAGGAAUUUUCGUAUGUUAGGCUAAAUUUGAGAAACUUUUUCACAGGUAAACCGCUAGAGUUUUUUUGUGAAGAGAAACGUCAUGCAUUCUGAUUUCCAAAGCAAGAAAUGGUGGCGAUUAGUUAACCCUCUUAUGAGGUCAUAGGUUCACAUUUCUAAGUAAUUUUGAACUCGUCCAUCCAGUGAUUCUUAGUUGUCAUUGAUUAUUCAGGUGAUACCUUCCUGUGAUGUAAACUAUAAAGUAAACAAAACUACAGAUACUGUUUGUCGAAUUAAAAGAUAAGUUUUCAUAUAACAGAAAGGAUUUUAUGGCCACUAUGCUAAGUGAAUCUUUGAUAUAGCAUGUGCUUGAUAAUUUAAGACUAUUCUUGUUUGUUGGGCCUAAACAGUUUUCUUUAAAUUCGAAUAUUGUGAGUCAAUAUUAAUUUUCUAAUAAUCAAUGACGCCUUUUUUAAGUAGAGUAAUCCCGACUACAAUCAUCUCAUACAGCUUGAAAGCAACUCUCUUACGACAAGAACUAAUGCUUCUUUAAGUAUGUUUUAGUAAUUUUCUGUAGAUUUUAAAACAAUUAUUUAAAGUUUUGGAACAAAACAUAUGUUGGGGCAAAUCACUGGUUUACUUUGUUUACAAUCUUUACUUUUUUAUCGUUUCAUUGAGCAAUUUUAUCGACAUAUUUUUCUUCUCGAACGAUUGUCUCACUUUCUUGUAGUCCUAUUAUAUUAUGAUGGGAGCCCGUCUGGGAUUUCUAACUGAUUCUAUUGAUAAUUUGGUGGUAGACGCACAAGCUUUGAAACCAGGUGUGAUAACAGCAGUUCCACGAAUACUUUCUAGUAUUUACACUAAAUAUCAGAAAUCAUUGGAUGAUUCCAAAAUCAAAAGACAACUUUACAAUCGGAUUGUGAAGAUUAAAAUGGUUGAACAAAAACGGUAUACGGUUUUACUUUAAAACUUCACUGACUAACAUUUCAUAGCGUUAAAAAAGAAUCCGUAGCAUUUUUCACAGUCCAAUGUGUAUCAAGGCACACUGAGUGAUUUGAGACGUUAAAGCAUAGAGCCAAACGAAAUAGUUCUUAUAUGGUAUUGGUUCGAAAUACAACGAUUAACUACAUUUGGAAACAUUCGAAGCAAAAGCGAUAAGUAGUAUGAGAUUUUUCUGUUUAGUGUAUAAAAAAAUUGGACAUAAAUUAACUGAUUUCUGAUUAACUAAGACACAAACAAAGGAGUCAAAAUUGUAUCAAUCUUAUUUAGGAACUAUGCAUUGGAUCUGUAUUACGAAGCAAAGAAAUGUAAUGGAAGAACGAAAAUUUUCAAGGACUAUUAAAACUCAAGAACCCGUGAAUUUUCUCCAAUACAACUAAAUUUCAGUCUUAGUCCUCCAAAUCCCUUUGUUUUUAUAGGUCACAUCGGUUUGGCUGGUUUACGAUAAGUCUGCCAUAAAUCACUCAAAUCUAAACAUUAGUUUAUGUCUAAAGGUUUGCAUCCCGUCAUUUAGUAUAUAAAGUUUUCUGUUUUAUUGAAAUCGUUGAGAAUCGCAUGUUAAACUAGAUGAAACAUUCAAUAUAAGUUUAACUAAGAAGCCUUUUUUGGACUUAUCAGAUAAAUACAAUUAUUAAAGUGGCCAAAAAUGAAUGAAUAUUUAGGUCUUUUGAAUAAGACAUAGCUCUGCUAAUUGUAUUAAAGACUAUUGCCACUGUUUUAGGUCAGCGAAUUACCUGCGUAGAUACUAGCUUCGUUUGACAAAAAUGUAGUAAUUGAAACGUAGAAGCAGCUGAACUUUUUUAUCUAGUUUAUAUAGAUGCUUUUUUAAUAACAAAUUCAAAAUAAAGAUUUCACUAUAUUAAACCUUUAACGAGUAAUUUAUUAUUUCUGUUCAUUUUAGUGGAAAAUUCUAUCAUAAUAGUAUCUUGGAUACGUUAUGCUUUAAGAAACUUAGGAAGUUAUUAGGCGGACGUGUAUAUUGUGUUGUCAGCGGAGGCGCUCCAUUACCAACGGAGAUAUCAAAGUUUGUACAUGCUGCAUUUGGCUUGGUAAGCUAGUUUCUGUUCUCUCUGUUGUUGGAAUGCUUCCCAAAAAUGCAAUCGCUCAUGUAUAUAUGUAUGCAAUUACUGGAACAUUUUUAUUGGCGAUAAUUUGCAUUUUUGUAAUAAUUUACUCAUUGAUUAUCAGUCUUCAGUACAAAUAGGAACUUCUAUUACUUUAGCUGACACUCACUUAACCGACCAUUUUCAUGCAUUUACCUCCAUGAGGAAAGAAAAAAACUAUAACGUUCAAAAUACUUCCAAAUUCACCUACAGACCUAACUUAACACAUGAAAUCAAAUUAAUCAUAUCGAAACAAUAAAAGGAAGGGAUUACCUAAACUUAACUUAAGAUUUAAGUGUACAACAAUAUUCAAACUUUCCUAUUUUCAUCAUUAAAUUUAAACAAGUGGCGAAAAUCUUAUUAGGUUUGAAAAUCAUUUUAUUGUCAACUGUAUUGUGAGCAAAUUAUUUAAUGAUUUAUUCAUUCUAGAAGAAGAGGCUGCUGAUUUAAAAUAUAGUGUGCUUUGUUUAUAAAUUAUUAAUGAAGCUAACUACAUACCAACUGGUUUCAGAAUAAAAAUACUAAGAUUGAAGUUUUUUGUAAAGAAACAAUUCAGCGGCAAUAGUUAUCAGAGACUUUAUGAGAUGUUAUUUCUCAUGGUUGAAGGACACGUUUUUAUUUUUUUUUAUUAGCUUAUUUCAUUGCUUAUUAUCAAUUAAAUGAAAUUAUUCCAUGGUUUCUCUUAUUUUUUCCAAUCUAAUGAUGAACUUUCAAUUCGAAUGUUUGUUUCAUAUUUUUCCUACAAAAGCUUGCUGAGGGGUAUGGAUCAACAGAAACAAUGGGGAGUAUAACUAUUACUUUACUUGGAGAGUACCGUCUAGGUACCGUAGGUUCUGUCGCACAUGGUGUAGAAGUGAAACUUGUUGAUGUAAAAGAUCUGGGUUUAGAUGCACUGCGAGAUCAAAGAGGAGAAGUAAGAUACAAGUAAUGGUUAAAAUUAUGUAAUAUGCAUCCUUUAACAUCUCGGUUCCAGUAAACUUUGACUAUAGUAUAUAACUGAUUACAGUGAAUAGGUUUUAUUCAUAGCUAGCAGUCAAAAUCAAGAGAAAACAUUCAUGAACUUAUCAACGGCUACAUUUUCUUAGAUUACAUUUAUGUAGAAUAAAAAUACGUUCACGAUUGUGACCUUGUGAAUAUAUAGAUCCGUUUAUUAGUACUUGACAAAUCUAGCCAAUAAUCGGACUUGAAUGUUUUAUUUAACUUCAUAAUGUAACUAAUCUAUUAUAAAUAGAUAUAACAGAUAUUGUUAUCAUUAUUUGGAUCUUGUAGCUUCUUUUUAGAAAGAUUGAUCAGUUCUAUAGUUGGUGGUUAUCACCGGCUGACACUGGCUAGAAAAUUAAUUACAACCUAGAAGUAAUAAUCAGCUUCUUCAUCCAAUUUUAAACUGUAGAUCAUUACCCGAUUGAUGGUUCAACGUUUUGUAGUAAGAAAAAGCCAUUCUCAUGAGAGAUAUCAUAUCAGGAUUUUUUCAUCUGAUAACAAUUCAAGAUAGAAAUCGAAUACAAAUAUUUCGGGAUUUUUUUCAGUCUCGCUUCCUUAAAAAACCUACAAGUUAUUUUCAAAAUUACUUGUAGAUCUGCGUGAAAGGCAAACGAUGCACAAAAGGCUAUUACAAAGAACCAGAAAAAUCCGCCGAACUUAUUGACAAUGAAGGAUGGUUACAUACUGGGGAUAUCGGUGAAUGGACACUAGAGGGUUCGUUGAAAAUUGUGGACCGUCUAAAAAGCAUAUUCAAAUUGGCUCAAGGUGAAUACGUUGCACCGGAAAAAGUGGAAAUGGUUUAUAAAUGCUGUAAAUUAGUAAGCCAAAUUUUUGUGGACGGUAAUAGUAAACAAAAUUACCCUGUUGCUAUCGUGGUUCCCGAUUUUACCGAGUUACGUUCUUGUUUAAACAACGCAGGAGUACUACAUUGCUCAAAACUUUCGGAUCAUGAACUUUCCCAGAACAAAGUUGUAAAUAAAUUUGUCCUAGAACGGAUGAAUGCUGUCGCUGAUGAAAAUAUGCUGAAAAGUUUUGAAAAGGUAUGAAUGACGUUUUGCUACAAACUUUACGAAAGAUAUGCCGUAAAACAAGUAUUUUACUCUAUUUCAUAUAUUUCGGUAAAUGUAAAACAGUAAUUCUGCUACACAAUUUAAUUUUAAGCAAGUUGGUUGGUGAAGCUGUGAACUUGUAUUAAGAGAAACGAAUGAAAUAUUUUUCACUUAUAUGGAUUUACUGUCUGCUAAACCAAAUAGAAAUUCAUAAUUUCAUUGGUUACUUUUAAGCGUAUCUAACUCUUGUCGAUUGUUUUUACAAUUUUGACUUAUCCUAGAUUUGCAUAUCACCAUUUGAUUUUGUACUAAUUCUUAAACUUAUUCCUUUGAACAACGCGAUAAUAAAAUUUUUAGUACGAAAUAAUCAUCGGAUGUGAUUAAUGUCGUGCAUGCGUACCGGUAGAUAAACCAGAAUGAAGAAUUCGAAUGCGAAUGUUAAUUUCAUUUUGUUUGUGCUAAUUUGGUAUGACAAAUAUGGGAUAACGCAUACUUUUGCCAGGCUCUACGUUGAUUAUGCUUUACGGCACGCAAGAUCUUUUCAUACUUCUUGUCAGUCUAUGCGCUUAAGUGGACUCCAGUGCAGCGCUUAAUUUGAUGAAAUCGUUGACUAUCUAGUGUGAUCACUGACGUUUAUAACACUACUUCCACAUCUUUCAGAGAUUCUAUGUUUUAUUUGUACAUAGGUCAAUUUUCCAAAAUACGUGUAUACAAAAGAAAAUUGACCCAAAAAACUUUUAUUUAUAUUUUUAAAUAUCUCCAAAUACAACAGUAGUUGGUUACUUGUGUAGUCGUACGAAAAAAGUUUAUCGAAGUAGGUUUUCUGAACAGUAGAUUUUAGAUCAUUUUGUUAUGAGUAAAAUAAUAGGUGAUACAUCUGAAUUUAUUCUUAAUUUCUCAAUUAUUUUACGUAAAUGAUAAACAAUUCAACAGCUUACCCAUUUUGUAUGAAUCAACAGUCAUAUUUCUUUGAUCCAUGUUUUCCAAAUUCUUUUAUUUUCGACAGGUUCAGGCCAUUUAUUUGACAGAUCAGGCAUUUAACUCUGAUAAUGGGUUGCUAACUCCAACGAUGAAAUUAGCACGUAUCAAAGCUCGAAGUUACUUUUCAAAGAUAAUAGAUAGUUUAUACCCUCAAUCUUAGACUGUCCUUACCUCUUCUUCGAAUUAAACUGUGUAGUAUUUAACUUUCGAUACCAUUUAUAAAUGAAAUAAGUGUGUUUUGCGCCGGUAUUUUUUCAUGGGUGCUAUAAGGCGGACUGUAAUACUUUUGAACAUAGCUAUUGUUCUAUGUUAGCCUUAUGGUUAUAGCAUUAUCUGGCUAACAAUAUUUGUUGUGUUGAUUUUAAUAAUUCAAACUCAUAUUUUUCAUAUUCUGUUUUAUUAAACCCAUAAAGACAAAUGAAUUGCAGUUUUUGUAUUCAUAUUUUUUUUUACUUCCCCUUACCUUUGUUUAGAGGGUUUCACAGGUUAUCAUCGUGUUAAUGUUACCUUAGAACCGAAUAACUACUUUUGGAGCACUGGAAAGAUAUAAAUAAUCUUUGAUAUUUUAAAAUAGACUUUUUCAUUGGUUUCUAGACAUGAACAAUGGCACACUUUUGGUUUGUUGUCACUUUAUGGUCUGUAUAAUGUCUCAUACAAAAUACAUUUUCGGCCAAAAGUUUCCAGAAUGCAUCUAAGUAUUCCUGAUGGAUUUAACAACUGCGGAAUGAUGAUAAAUCGAAUCAAACCGUGAAAGCCCUAAAUUAUUGACGUUAAUAUCUGUCAAUGUACCUUAUUCUUUAAACGUUCAUAAAAAACGGUAAACGUUACUUAGUUGCUACCACCUUUUAUAGUCGUAAGCUUUACCGGAUGAAAUGGGAAACACAUAUUUGUUCCUCUACCUAAAUCUUUUUCUGAAGAAACUAUAGUUUAAUUGAGUUUUCCCUUUCAAGUUACCUAAAUAGAAAUAUAGGCAUGAAAUAGACUUUAUUGUCAAAUCUCUUUCUUAUCCGCUUAGUGCGAUGUUUUCUGGACAGCACUCUCAUUCUUGAAAUCCAAGUCAAAUAAAAAUGUAUGGCUAAUAGACCUCUAAGUUACAAGCUUCAAUUUACUAAGUCAUUGUAUUCAGUAACGUUUUCGAAUCAGCAUAAUUUCCAGUAUUAUUAUGAAGGUAUUCACAUAUUAGAAAGUGGGUAAAAUAUAAACAAGCAUAGAAAAAUAUAUAUCAACAAUAUUGACUCUCCGUCUGGUGCUGAUUCUUAGUGAAAACUAACUUGAAAUUCAAUAGUCGUGACGGGCCUACAAAAUUAUCAUCAUAAAGCUUGCAGUCCAGUGAGGCAUAAAAAGAUAUUCCAAGAAGAAUAAAUGAAGAAUAUUUCUCUGAAAUACAAAGGCUCAUGAUAAACGAGGGUUGUGCAGUAAGGAAAUGCAGGGAACAUCUUUCCCGUUGCAGGUCAGUAAACACCAUGAUGUUAUGUGGGUCACCACGAUGACUUGAAAACACCAAUCAUAAACCUAAUAGAACUUUUCGUAUUGUAGGUAAUUGGGCUAAUAUAAGAGUAAGCAAUAGAUGGCAUGCUAAGGGUUUAGAGAUUCAUUUAUUCUCUUUUCCAGCAGUCACUCUAUGAUUAUGAUUCGUUUCAACUAUAUAAAUCACACUUUAUGCUAUGUUUCCCAACUGCCCUUUUUUCUCACGUUCUAGAAUCUAUUACUCUACUGAACGUUGUAUACGAUUAACUCUGUCCGUCACAAAACUAUCUAACAUUUUGCUUUUUUCCUUUCAUUUCUACUCUUUGAAUCAUUAUUUAUGUUUAUUUCAGUAAUUUACCCUUGAUAACUUAUGUGCGAGGGAUUCAACUUGUUCUGUUGACCUUUCUCUCAUUUAAACCAUACAGGUCGAUCAACAUUAUGCUAUCAAGAGUAUUCACCUAAGCUACAAAUCUGUAUUUCAGUCUCGGUUGUAAAUUUAUGUGGACACUAUAGCAAAAAAACGUUUUCUGUUAAAGAUGUAUGUGCUAAACGACUGGACUACAGGUUUUACAGAUGUCAGAUACAUUGCUAUAAGAAACAGCGCCUCUAUUUGUCAGUCAAAUUGUCUCUCUAUUAGUCAUUUAGAAAUUUUUAAGUACUAAUAUCAUCCGCAUAAAAUCACGUUAUCGAUCUGACAUAUUGAGUAUUUUUACAUAAAACGUUGAUGGCUAAACUUAUCAUAUAUACCCUGUGCGGAUGAUACAUCGAUAAGAUACAACAAGAAAAAAAGAGAAAAGGUUCGGCGAGCCCUGUUCGCACAAGUUAGUGAUGUUGGAUCUUAGCUGUGAAUCGAGUUCAUCAAGUCUCGUGUUAACACACAUUGUAGCUCAGUUUGGUAAGAAUACUUUUUUACAUCUAUGACUUAUGGAGAACAACAAGAUGUUCCAAACAGCCACUUCCUUGUAUGACCAACAAAUCGAAACUUUCAUAGCUUGAUAUGUCAUAUGACUACAUAUCCAGUAAUUAGGACCUAAAUCUGUAUGAUAGAAACGGACUGAAAGUUACACAAAAUUAAUCAUAUUCAGACAAUUCAUAAAUUUUUGUGCGCACCCAGUAUUUUAAUUUAUAGAUUCAUAGGGUGAAAAUGAGCUGAUAUUCAACUAUGAUGGGAUGAUAGUGUGGUGUUUGGUUAGCACAGAAAUUACAUUAAAUCGUCGACUAUCAAAAUAUGAAACAAAUAUACUGAUA